ACCGCGCUUCCGUCAUCUCCUCUGCCUCCCUCUUUCUCUCUCUUUGAUGGACUUUCAGAGAGGAGAAGCCAAGGCAGACCUUCCAUAGGAAAUUCCUAGCUAUUGAUAUUCUGCUGGAUGGAGCUUGAUCUCCAUAAAACUCCUUUUCCCAUCUUCGGGCCGCCGCCUUCUGCACUCGAAAUCCCAAUCCCCCGGCUUUCCUUCGGUCCCCAUCAUCUUCCAUGGCCGAUGCCGUCCUCGCAGGCGGCAAGGGCGUGGAGCGGGUCUCUCACGACGGGCUGAAAUUCUGGCAAUUCAUGGUCGCCGGGUCGAUCGCCGGCUGCACGGAGCACGUGGCGAUGUUCCCCGUCGACACCCUGAAGACUCGCUUGCAGGUGCCGGCCGCCGGGUCAGCCAUCUCCAUCCAGCAGGCGCUCCGCUCCAUCGUGAAACUCGAAGGCCCACUCGGGCUUUACCGAGGCGUUGUCCCCAUGAUUCUCGGCGCGGGGCCGGCCCAUGCCGUUUACUUCUCCGUUUACGAGCUGUGUAAGUCGCUCCUUGGUGGGAAUUUGUCGGGGCACCACCCGUUCGUACACGCGCUUUCCGGCGUGGCUGCUACAGUGGCGAGCGAUGCGGUUUUCACCCCUAUGGAUGUGGUGAAGCAGAGGCUGCAGGUCGAGAGCAGCCCGUACAGAGGUUUGGCGGAUUGCAUUCGGAGGAUAAUGAGGGAAGAGGGACUGAAGGGCUUCUAUGCUUCGUACAAGACCACCAUCUUGAUGAACGCUCCUUUUACUGCCGUUCAUUUCGCAACCUAUGAGGCUGUAAAAAGGGUGCUCAUGGAGAUUAGCCCCGGAAGCGCGAGCGAGGAGCGGCUUCUCUUUCACCUGACGGCCGGGGCAGCUGCGGGAGCGCUUGCCGGUGUCGUUACGACGCCUUUGGAUGUCGUGAAGACGCGGUUGCAAUGCCAGGGAGUUGGUGGCUGCGAUAGAUUCACCAGCAGUUCAAUUGGGAACGUGAUCAGACUGAUCGUCCAAAAGGAGGGUUACACUGGUCUGACAAGAGGAUGGAGGCCAAGAAUGCUAUUUCAUGCGCCUGCUGCAGCCAUCUGCUGGUCUACGUAUGAAGCAGCCAAGACCUCCUUUCAAGAAUUCAAUCAGAACAGCAAAAGUUUGCCUUGAAAAUGUGUCUACCAGUUGUAUCAAUUUUUGUAUCUUAAAGUAUAUUGCAACCAUCGUUUUAAUGUUUCCCACACGGCUUGAUACAGAGAAUGUUGUCCUAAUGUGACCACUUAUUGCUUGAGGAAUGAACUUAUCUAGCAUAUGGAUAGUUCAUUCAUGUAUUUCUUUUUGCUUCGACGAAAAUAAGUAGACAUCUGGUUUCACUUGGGAAAUGUUGUCGGGUUGUUUUAGUUGAA